GGGUAGGCAGCACACAGGCAGGCAGAAGUUUUACAACAGAGAGAAACGGAGGAACCAUUGGAAGGUAUAAUUAUACAAAACUACAGGCAACAGGAUAGCAGUGUCUGGCUGCAGUAGCACCACAGAGGUUAGCUCAGUUCUCGAGUGUUUAAUGGCAGUUAGUGGACAACGAUAGAAGCAGGAGAAUCACAGUGAACUUCUGAUACAGCAGCCAUGGAGGAGUUCAAACGAGGGAGAUCUGAUACCCUGGACAUACAGUCAGAGGGAGAGGAGAUGACCCCGGUUACCCUGGUAACCACAAUGACCCCUGACCCCGAGGUGAACUCUGAGCCCUCCCAGGCAGAGCUGGCUCAGUGUGAGGCGGAGGUCGGGAAUCUACUCAGCAUCAUUGCUGAACUCAACAGGAAAAUGGGCGCAUUACAAGCACCAAGUGAUCCAGAUGACCUUAAACCACAGGAGCCAGUCAUCCUCCCUCCGGCUCCAGCCUCCCUGUCCAGCCCUCCUCCAUCCCUCUGCAACCCAGAGAAACACACUGGCACCGCAUCUAAAGCACCAGUAACCAACAGAGAGGGUAGUGGUGAAGCAUGGUCAGAACUCCAGGGAGUCAUGUCUGUUCUGGAGGGUUCCAUCAACACCAGGAGGGCCUGGGCUGCCUCUCACACUGCCUGUGGCCGGGACGGACCGACGGAACACCUCACAGCCGCCAGGGACAGCUGGGUACAAGUCACACAGGUCUUAGAGGAGAUGGAGAGAGAGUUUGGGAUCUCAUACCCGUCUGGUCUGCCCCCUGAGGAGCGUCAGCAAUACCAGAAGGACAUCCUGGCACUUCACCAGCGGAACUGUGACCUGCGCAGCAGCCUGCAAAGCAGACAGGAAGAACUGGAGGGGGCAAAGGUCACGGUGGGAGACAUAGAGGUUGAGAGGAACAGUCUACAUGAGAGGUUACUGGGUCUCCAUAAGGCGUGGCGAUCAGGCAGCCUCUCUCCUCCCUACAGCUCCUCAGGGAGCUCCAGUGGUGUGGUUCUGAGUCCUGGCUGGGCCUCCCCUGGUUCCCCUGGUUCCCCUUCAUUCCUUGGCUCUCCUCCCUUCCCCGGGUCACCUCUGUUCCUCAGGAGACCCAUCGCCAUGGGGAUCUUCCCGGCCCUCUCAACUGGGGGGGACAUAUCCUCCUCGGCCUCUCCAUCACCCUCCCCCUGGCCUGGGAGUGUUCCACAAGGCAGCCCCUGUCGUAGCCCCAGCCCCAGCGUCAGCCUGGAGGGUGAGACAGACAGACUACAGAGGUGUAUAGAAAGGCUGAAGGCCCGGAACGAGCGUCUGACUGCAGCUCUGGACAGGAGAAAGGGAGAGUCUGAGCAGAUCAGUAUGACGCUCAGCAGACACGAAGCUGACAGCACAGCCCUGCAGAUGGCUCUCCAAUACUGCGAGGAGUGUGAGGAGGCCUACAGUGAGUUACUGUCUGUGUACGAGGGCAGGAGACAGCAGGUCAUACCACACUGGAGACACAUAGCAGGCCCGGUCAUGGAGAGUCAGCAGCCCAGCAGUCCCAGGCCGUCCCUAAGGAGUCUAAGAACUGAGGAGUUGUCAACCUCCUUCUCAACACCAGGGGGUGCUGUUGAGACAGAAACACACAUCCAGACCAGGUUCCAUCUUUAUUAUCCAGCCAGGGGGUCCGAGGUAGAGGGGUGCGAGGCGGACAUUCGGGAGCGUAUUGAGCGGUUGAAGCUGGACAGGGCAGCAGUGUGUGUCCCUAAGCCAGGGCCUGGAGGAGAGGGGAAUCUCAGCCCAGAUACAGGCACCCUGGCUGGGCUUAGAGGGAGCCGCGGAGGACAGGGGGGCCAGGACACCUCCAACCCCCAGAGUACCAAUAGAGAGAAGGCUGUUCUGCUCUAUGACCUAGUCACUGUCAGGGAGGAGAUGUCGGAGCUGCGAGGUUUAAUCCGUCUGACGGAGAAGGAGCGGAGGUGUCUGGACUGGAGUCUAAUGGCCCAGAAGGCCCAGGAUGCAGCUGGAGCCCUGAUCUCUGAGAGCCUCGCUGAGGAGAUAGAGGACAGGAGGACAGAACAGCAGAGGACUUCUGAGAACGAGGAUAAGCUAAGCAGCGAUGGAGACAUCCCUGGGCCUCAAAACCGCACCAUCCUUCGAGAGCUACAGGCUGUCCUGCAACGGGAGCAGGUGCUGAAGAGGAGAGUGUCGGCGGUGAGGGAGUCUCUGGACCUGGUUCUCUCCGACAGCGCCUCUCGCAGGAGAGACAACGAUGAGCAGAUGGCUCGGCUCGCACAAGCUCACAGCAAGGCCACAGGGUCGUACCGGAACACUCGCAGGAAGUACAGGGAGAAGCUGUGGAGGCUGGAGAGUCAGGUGUCAGCAAUGUCAGAUCGUCACAUGACCCAGAUCGGGGCCCUGAAGGCCACGCUGGAGGCCAUGGAGUGCAGGAGGGAGGAGACUGUACUCUGACUGAGCUGAGGUCAGCUUCUGGGGACAUUGGUCCUAACUUCUGUUACAGGGUCAGAUAUUAUCCUCCAAAAUGGUUAGGAUGGGAUUUGAGAGUUAGGAUUCGCCUCGUAUUACCAUCCUGAUCUCACGAGCUUACAUAAAAUAUGUUUUACUACAGCUACUUUACUACAGCUACUUUACUACACCUACUUUACUACACUUACUUUACUACACCUACUUUACUACACCUACUUUACUACA